GUUGGAGAGAGAGAGAGAGAGAGAGAGAGAGUGGUGGGGGAAGAAGCGAGGGAGGGAAGCGAGCGUUAGAGCGUCAGUUAUUUUCCGUUAAACUCCAAAUUAUAUGAAGGUGGAGGACGAAGGAAGAGAAGAGAACGAGAGAGAGAGAGAGAGAGAGAGAGAGAGAGAGAGGAGAAGAAGAAGAAGAAGAAGAAGAAGAAUGGUGUCGGACCAGGACAUAGCCCAUGGGGUGGAAACUCUGCUACGUCAGUCGGACCCCAAACUGCUCGCCGUCACCUCCAUUAACACCGUCGUCCAGCAGCUGGAGGCCGCCCUUGGCCUCGACCUCUCCCACAAGACUGCCUUCAUCAGGGACCACAUCAGCCUCCUCCUCCGAUCCCAUCCUCACCCCUCCACUGACCAUUUUGGCUUCCACCCCCAAUUCCAUCCCCAUUUUGCCCUCCACCACCCCCCGCCGCCUCCGCCGCCGCCGCCGAAGCCCGAUGCUUUCGUUCAAAAUGCCACCGCGGUCCCCGAAGUGCCGAAAGAAAGUGCUCCAGCUCGAGCAAAACGAAGAGGCGGUUCAGGGGGUCUAAACAAAGUUUGCAGUGUUUCACCUGAACUCCAGGCCAUUGUUGGCAAGCCAGCGCUUCCAAGGACUGAGAUUGUAAAGCAACUUUGGGCAUAUAUAAGGAAGAACAAUCUCCAGGAUCCAAGAAACAAGAGAAAAAUUUUGUGUGAUGAUGCCCUGCGUUCAGUUUUUGAGAUAGAUUGCACUGACAUGUUCAAGAUGAACAAGCUGCUAGCUAAGCAUAUUUCCCCUCUUGAAACUACGAAAGUGUCUGGUCAAAGUCAAGCUAAACGAUUGAAAGUAGAUGUUGAGGCAGCAUCUGAAAGUAGUGAAGCUCCUACGGCCCUUGUGAUAAUAUCUGAAGCUCUUGCCAAGUUUUUUGGCACUGAAGGAAGGGAAAUGAUGCAAUCAGAGGCAACAAGGCGUGUUUGGGAAUACAUAAAAGUCAACCAUUUGGAGGACCCUUUGAAUUCAAUGGUGAUACAUUGUGACGCAAAGCUUCAGGAGCUUUUUGGAUGUGAAAGCAUUUCUGCAUUGGGGGUAUCUGAGAUGUUGGCACGUCAUCAUUUAUUCAAGCGAUCUUGAUGUCAAGUUUUGUUGACUGGCUAGUGUAGAAACAUGUUGCCAUCCUAGUUACUUGUUAUGGUAUGACUGAUUCUUAGCGAAGAUGUUUGUCUUUUGUUCUUGUUUUAUUCGUGCAACAACACGGUUAGAUGUUAUGAUGUCCCCUCUACUUGGUUAUUUAUGAUUGAAUGAAAAAUACCCUGGUCAAUGGCAAAGAAUAUUUUGUAGUUAGGUCAUGGCCAUGGGUUUAGGAUUUGUUGCUCAUUUUUGGUUAUUUACUAAUGCCUUUCUUCCAAAAUGAACACGGUAGAGCCACAAUGGAAUUGCAAAUCCUUUUUGACUUUGUCACAGUCA